AUGCCGGAUCAUCCUAUUGUCGAAGUGUUCGUCUUGCCAACAGGCUAUUUGUGGCUUCCAGAUGAAUGGAUGUUUGCGGACGGGGAUCCUCGGGUCAAGCACCUCUGCCCAGACUUCAGUUUUCUCAUUCGCCAUUCAUCCGGGAAGAAUGUUCUAUUUGACUUGGGCCUGAGAAAGGACUUACAUAACCUCCCUCGCGUGGCCAAGAAAGAGUUUGACAUUAUAGAACCCUACGUUCCAAAGGAUGCUUCCGACUUGCUUUCCGAAGCCUCGUUGAAACCUGAUGAUAUCAACUACAUCAUCCUGAGCCACCUGCACUUUGACCAUACUGGGAAUGUUUCCCAGUACCCAGAGGCACAGGUGCUACUUGGACCUGGAAGCACAUUUGUCGCAGCUCCUGGAUAUCCAACCGUGGAUGAAUCGCCUUUCGACGGCACCAUCUUCGCCCACGCUCGAGUCAGAGAGUUCGAGAAAUCUCAAUAUCAGCCUCUGCCACCAGGUAGCGCACCAAAAGACUUCCCAUUCGACAAGGGGAUUGACUUCUUUGGAGACGGCACGCUAUACAUCCUUGACGCGCCAGGCCAUAUGCAAGGACACCAAAUAGCAUUGGCUCGUACUGGAGCCCAAGAGUGGGUUGCCAUGGGAGGAGAUUGCUGCCACCACCGAAAUUUUCUAGAAGGAUUUUCCCGCGACAUUAGCGUCAGUGUCGGUCCCGGGGGCCAGGCAGGAUUCCAUAAAUACCCGGAGGAUGCUAGAGUUACCAUUUCCAAGACUCAGAUAUUGCACUCAAACCCUGAAGUCCUAGUUGUGCUUGCUCACGAUGCAGAGAUUGAUGGGUGCAUACCCCUAUAUCCUGAAAAGCUCAACGGUUGGCGGGAAAGGAACUUGAAACAUGUGACGAGGAAAAGUGUGUUGACUUUGGAGGAGGUAAAGGGCAGAUAUGAUUAG